GUGAGGAGGAGGGAGACCUGCUUCCAGCCCAGGCUGCUCCUAACGGUGGCUCAGGGAGGCCCAGCUCUGGCCUGGUUUUCAGGGGCUUGUGCUAAGGCUGCACGUUCUGACACCCCCCACCCUCACUGAGGGCCCCGCUCUUAAACUGCAGAGGGUAUGACAAGAGGCUUGGUGCCUGGAGUGGCCUGUCUCCGGCAAGGAAAGCUAGGCUCUGGCAGAUGUCUCCCUGUGUUGAAGUAUCCGGACACUCUGACUCUGGACUGGUGAGGGGAAUCAACGAACAUAUACUUGAGGGAUCCUUUGUACCUUGCACGUCAUGUAACAUAGUCAUUUAGUUCUGGCUACACACCUAUUUUGCAGACUCAGGACCAGACCUUGGAAAUGACUGUAAUUUGCCCCGGGCUGUGUGGCUGAGGCAGCUGUGAACUGUAGUCUGAUGCUGAGUGUGCAAGGUUGGACAGCAGGCAUGAAUGGAGCCGUGCUGCUGGGGAGAAGAAAGGACUGGUCCAGGGCGGUGCGGAGGAUGGUGGCUGGGAGUCGGUCGGAGGCUCAGCUGGGCCAAGUCCAGAUGUGUAGGGUGAUCGCCGUGGUGAUGGAUGUUUUCACGGACAUUGACAUCUUCAGGGACCUGCAGGAAAUAAGUCGGAAACAGGGAGUUGCUGUCUACAUCCUUCUGGACCAGGCUCUGCUUUCGCAGUUUUUGGAUAUGUGCAUGGAUCUGAAAGUGCAUCCUGAGCAGGAGAAGCUGAUGACCGUUCGGACCAUUACUGGAAGUAUUUACUAUGCAAGGUCGGGAACUAAGAUAGUUGGGCAGGUUCAUGAAAAGUUCACACUGAUUGAUGGCAUUCGAGUGGCUACAGGCUCCUAUAGUUUUACGUGGACGGAUGGCAAAUUAAAUAGCAGUAACUUGGUCAUCCUGUCUGGCCAAGUGGUUGAACACUUUGAUCUGGAGUUCCGAAUCCUGUACGCACAGUCGAAGCCCAUCAGCUCCAAGCUGCUGUCCAACUUCCGGAUCAGCGGCAAGUUUGACCAUCUAGUCGACCCGAAGCCUCUGUCGAAGGAGCUCACGUUGGGCAGCCUGCUGCGCCUGCGGCUGGCCCGGCUCUCAAGCACCCCCAAGAAGGCUGAGCUGGGGUUCGAGGCGCCCACUGAGGGCAGGGCAGAGGCCAGGCGCCAUGACUCGGAGUCCUCCACUAUCAGUGACAAGGACGACUUCAACAGCCGCAGGGACAAACUAGAGGGCGGGAGGAUGACCGAUGCCGCCACUCAGACGGAGGCAGGAGAGGAGGCACCAGCAGUGAGCGUGAGUGAUGCGGGGACCCAGGCCAGCGCCGUGACGACGUGUGCCGGGACCCAGACCGCAGUCACCACCAGGGUGGCGAGCUCCCAAACCGUGGUUCGGUCCACGUCGGCCACCACCCAGACUGAUGUGGAUGAGAACGUUCUCUUUUCUCAGGGCACCCAGUCUAAAGAAGGGUCACCAGUGUCCAGGAUGUCUGUGUCAAGAUCUUCCAGUUUGAGAUCUUCCUCCUCUCUGUCCUCGCAGGGCUCCGUGGCGAGCUCCUUGGGUUCCCAGGCGUCCAGCAGAGCCACUGACUUUGUCCGCGCUGGACAUUCCAAGUUCUGGGGCGCCCCCCGCUUGGAUCUGUGCUUGCAAGACUCCUUUAGGAACUUGAAUCAAGAGCGCCAGUUUCACUUUGCUGGCAUCAGGUCCCGGCUCAACCACAUGCUGGCCAUGCUCUCCAGGAGAACAUUCCUGACUGAGAAGUACCUUGGUUUUCAUCCCGGAAACGUUACCAGGGCCUCAGUGAAUCUGCUGGCUGUGAGAGAUAUCGCACUGUAUCCCUCCUAUCAGUGACCACUCAGCAUUCAGCACCCGUCCCCCGAGCACCCUGCUUUGCAGCCUGUUCACCCGAUCUUUGGUCACCCCGAUUUUCUCUGAGUUCUAUAAACUGCACAUUCUUUUACAUGCCUUUAUCUUAUUUUUGUCAUGUAUAAA